AUGUAUGCUGAAUUCAAUGGAACAUUUAUAACUCUUGGUGGCUUUGUAGAAAUGGACAGGUAUAGAUAUCUGUACUUUUUCAUCUUGUUGACAUUAUAUAUUCUCAUUCUCUGCACUAACGGCACCAUUAUAUGUCUAAUCUGGAUCCACAGGAACCUUCAUGAGCCUAUGUACAUUUUCAUUGCUGCAUUGUCACUCAACUCUGUUUUGUUUUGCACUGUUAUCUACCCUAAACUUUUCAUUGAUGUUUUGUCUCAAAAACAGAUCAUUUCUCAUUCUACUUGUAUGUUUCAAUAUUUUCUUUGCUAUUCAAUAGGUAUUUCAGACUUCUUACUGCUGUCAGCCAUGUCUUAUGACAGGUAUGUGUCUAUCUGCAAACCUCUGCAGUAUCCAACUAUCAUGGGAAAAAGAACUGUCAUUGUGCUCUUGACUGUGGCCUGGUCUUUACCUACAGGCGAGGUUGUAGUGGCAACUGUGAUUAAUUCCAAACAAAAACUCUGUGACUUUACAACAAAUGACAUUUUAUGUAACAAUUCAAUUCUCAAGCUUCACUGUGUACAGUCAACAUUUCUUAUCUUUUAUGGUGUGUUCAUCUCAAUGACUGCUGUUGUUGUUCCUGUGACGUUCAUCCUUUUUACGUACAUAAAGAUAUUCCUCAUAACUUAUCACAGUGGUGCAGAAGUCAGGAAAAAAGCUACAGAGACAUGUUUACCUCACCUGAUGGUUUUAUUCAUCUUCCUUUGUUUAAGUUUCUUUGAUGUAAUCAUAACGACUUUGGACUCACGUCAGUCAAAACAUGUACGUUUUAUAAUGACUUUACAAAUACUUGUGUAUAAUCCUCUGUUUAAUCCAAUUAUUUAUGGGGUGAAAAUGAAAGAAAUCUGGAAACACAUCAAGAGAUUAUUUUAUCAACUGGUGAACAAAAGAAUAUGA